CUUCUGGUGUUUCCCUGACGCGCCCUCGGAUCGUUUGCAGGGAUGCUUCCUAGCGUGCUUUCGUCGGCCAAGCCGUCAGCUCCGACUUCUUGCAGGAACAGCAUCAUCGCCCUAGAAAUCCCCAGGAGCCACCAUCGCAACCAUGGGCGCCGAGAACUCAAAACCCUCGUCAGAGGUCAAGCAGCAUGUCUUCUCCUCAGAUCACCCUUACAGCUUUUCCAAUGAACUUGUUGGGUCGCUGCAGAAGAACACUUUCACAGACUCGGCGCGAUCAAGACAGCAAGAACUCCAGUACCAGGAACGCCUAACCGCCGAGCUCGAGAAGCUGCGCGAGCAAGAAACCCAGAACUUCUCCAAGUUCAGUGAAACCCUCUCCAGCGAGACUCCACAGUCCGAUGAACCCUCCCUAGUCGAGAAGAUCCAGGAUGCGACAUCCAGCAGCUCAACCCUCGCCGAGAAGCAAAGACAAAAGGACAUGAGCAGGGACAGUGUCACCAAGGAGAUUGAGCAGCUGAAGGCGAAGCUCGAGCAGAGGAAGAAGUUGGAGCAGGCCGAUGCCGAUGUCACCAAGGCGAAGGAGGCUGUCGUCUCAUGUCUGAGGACACACGACCGCCGUCCGCUGGAUUGCUGGAAAGAGGUCGAGACCUUCAAACAGGAGGUCGGACGGCUGGAGAAGGAGUUUGUACAAAAGACCAUCCGAUGAGUCACGACGCGAAAUCGUGACAGCAAGGUUUGGUACGGGCGCUUUUGUAUAGUUGGGUUAGGUGGGAUAUAGCAUCCUAGAGGGCAUUUCUUAUCUCUAAAUUCCUACAUUACUUCAACUUGCAUCUCGCUGAACAUACCCCUACUAUGCUGCCUGCGUGGAACUGCGGGGCGGCCUUUACUACAGUACUCUUACGAUUAUAGCGCAUGUCUCUUUCCACUCUCGGUUCCUCCAGUCACCACAACUAUCUUUCUUUUUUGUCUCUUUGGAAGAAGUGAUCACACGUUUUACACACAUUCUUUCAGGACUGUGGCUACCAGUAGUCCGGCGUCACCUUCAUUUGACAAUGCUCCUCACCAAGUCUCACCUUCACCGCGCACUAGAACGCCUGAGCUCUCUAGGCUACCCACGCUAUCUAGAAGAAUAGCUGCU